CAAUUAUCUCCUCACUCGCUUCCAUUGAAUUCCUCCCCCUUCUCAUCUCACACGAUGUCCUCUGGAGUUUCCAUGUGAUUCAGCGGGAUUGAAACUGUGGCAUGGCAGUUGUGUUCUUAGGGCGGGGCUGAAUUGAAGUCCUUGGUCUAACUCCGCUUUUUUCCCGCUUGAUUCCCGUGUUAGAGUUUGUUGGGUUAUGGGAUUUGAAUCAAAUUUGACAGAUUCCUUGGCUCGCGUGGUUGUUUUCGUUGAGGGUGAGGGGAAUUUGGAGUUGGGUUUGGAUUUUUUGGGGAGUUUUUGAAGAUUACGUGGUGGUGCGAGGUAGACUUUUGAGAAGUGUUGGGAGAUUGGAAUCGAAUUUGAGGAGCUGGUGGUAGAGUCAUGAGUUUCGAGGAUUUCGAGACCGGUCGCAACGCCGGGUCGCGCAGGCAAGAUCAUAGUGAUACGGUGGCAGCAGGGAUUUUUCGAAUUAACACGAAUGUGGCAACUUACAAACGUCUUGUGAAUACCCUUGGGACCCCAAGAGACGAUCAUGGACUUCGGGAAAAAAUACAUGCGACUGAACAGAAGAUAAGUAAGCUUGUUGAGGAAACAGUGGCAAAGUUGAAGGAGGAAAACGAGACGGAUCAUCUUUUCUCUGCAAGCACCAGUAAGAAGAUUAGAGAUGCUAAGCUGGCCAAAGAUUUCCAAGCCGUGUUGUUGGAGUUUCAAGGUGCUCAGAAAGCUGCUCAGUCUCGCCAGAGAAAGUAUGGGCCUGUUCUUCCUCCCGCCUCUUCCUCUGUGGAAUUGGAUUCUAUUCGAGGAAAAAGUGAUGAUAACGUCCCCUUGUUACGGCAGUCCCAGCAAUUAAAUAUCCAAGCAAAUGAAUCAGAGGUUAUAUUCAAUACUGUUGUUAUCGAAGAGAGGGAGCAGGGUAUCCAAGAGAUUCAACAACAAAUAGGAGAAGUUAGCGAAAUUUUUAAGGACUUGGCGCAGAUUGUUUCAAACCAAGGACAUCUUAUUGAUGAUAUCGAAGCUAACAUAGAGAGUGCAGCGUCAUCAACUGUUCAAGCCAACAUUCAUCUUACCCGCGCUGCCAAGAGCCACAAGUCAUCAGAGUACUGGAAGUGCGUGAUUUUGGCAAUCAUUGGGACGGUUCUAUUCGCCUUUCUGAUCAUCUUGUUCGCUUGAUUUAUUACCUUCCAUGUCCCGUCAUGGUUUCACUCAACAGAAGAAGGUGUAUUCCUUAUUCAUUUGGGCUCUUCUUCAUGCUCUCCAGCCCAGUUCGACUCCACUCAAGUUGCCCGAGUUCUGGAAGUUGGCCUGUUUCAAUCUCAUUCGGAAAAGAUUCUUCUGAGCCCUAUUUAAGGUGAUUCUUCACUUUAUCUUUAGUGUAAACAAUUCUACAGCCGGAAAAUUUCUUAGGGAGUCCUCAUAAGCUUUUAAUUUUCAUUUUUUUUGCAUUGGGUCGAACGUAGCUUCGCUUGUUAAAAUCGAAACUGCCAAAUGACGAGAUCGUAUUUGGAGCUCAGCGAGUCCAUAGUUCCUGGGUUGGCUCUGGGGUUGCGACCUCAAUUUUGCAUUGAGCUAUAACUUAGAGCUCACCUUAGUCCUCAGAAUAUGCGUUUUUGUUAAUAAUGUAUGUAACAUGUUACCCAUUCUUUAAACAUAAAAUGUGCUAGUUAUCUGCUCAGUUACUGGAAAUAAAAUCGAGUGAGAAACUCGAUGAUUGAAGGUUUCUUAUUCUCAA